CGGACCUGACUGAAGUGUCGAGCCAGAUGCCGAUUUUGCUGACAACACAAGAACCAUCAUGCCCAGCUUUUAUUUCCUUUGACAAUGCAUUGCAGCUUAAAAGUGUUGAUCUAACCCAGAGAGAGAAAAAAACCAAGAAAGUGAGACAAGUGACUCAAUCAGGAAAGGGGAAGUGCGGUUCUUCCGUGUUCAACUUAGGCAUAAGGCAACUCUUUCAAACUGUUCCGUAGUUACUCAGAAGCCUCCUGACAUUCCUCAGGCCAGAUAAAGGGGUCAUUCCGGGUGAUUUUUCUACAAUAUGUAAAUAGGCAGGAACGUGCAAAGAAAGACAAUGGAGAUGUGUCGAAAGCUGUUCUCUUUCGUCGAGAUCGUUGUAGGUUUGCACCAGAUCGCUGGUGCUUUCUAUGACACGGCUCUGUUGAUGCUGGUCCAGGAACACUCCAAUUCCAAUUCCACAACACCUGGAAGCCAAGACCAGCAGCAAGAAGCCAUCUCUCGGUUUUACAUGAUCUACAACCUCCUGCUGAGGAUUACCCCUCUGGUCUUCACCUUCUUCCUGGCCAAACUUGGAGAUCAAAAAUCCAGGAAGGUCACUAUUUGUGCCCCCCUUCUGGGGUAUCUGGUGUCCAGGUCCCUGUUGGUCUUUGUGAUCCUGCUUGAUCUGCCCUUGGAGGUGAUGUUUGCUACUGCUUUGCUGAAUGGUCUGAGUGGGGGUUUCACUGCUUUCUGGUCUGGGAUCAUGGCUUUGGCCUCAGACACCUCCUCACAGGAGAAGAGAUCUAUCAGGCUUAACAGAGUUGAGCUGACCUAUGGAGUCGCAGGGCUGGUUGGAAGUGUCAUAUCCGGCCACCUUUUUGUCCAUUUCAGAAUUUCACAUGACCAGGGGGCUGGGCUGAUGGUCUGUAGCUGUAUUUUUUACGCUUUAAGCUUACUUUGUAGCGCCCUUGGGCUAAAAUCAACACUCGAACAACCACAAACUCAUUCUCAUGGAAAUGGCAGCCUGUUAGAUCAUGGGCAGCAGGAAAGUGACAAUCGAGCUACCGAUGAGGCUGGGCCAGGAAAUAUAACUUGGAAUGAAACUCAAAGUGAAAGGUCAAGAUUACUGAGUAACCAGAACAUUCCAAGGUCUCAAGAUAGUCCUAGAGGCAGCAGGUCGGUGGAUAAAAUCACAAUUGCACUGCUCUUCACAGCUGGGGUUUUGUAUGAGUUUGGGGUGAGUGGUGGAGUGGAUGUGCUGCCCAUAUUUGUAUUAAAGGACCCACUGAAUUGGAACGCUGUCUGGGUCGGUUAUGGCAAUGCAACAGGUUACGCUCUCUUCCUCACCAGCUUCAUAGGAGUUGUAGUUUUUUCCAGAUGGUUAAAGGAUACUUCCUUGAUUGUGAUGGGAAUGGUGUCAUUUUCCAUUGGGAUGCUAAUCAUGGCCUUCGUGAAGUGGACAUUCCUAUAUUUUAUUGCCCGAGUUGUGAUGAUGUUUGCCCUUAUUCCGCUAGCUACAAUACGAUCUGUGAUUUCUAAGCAGAUAAAGGACACUUCAUAUGGGAAACCAUUUGCCAUACUUCAGAUUUUACUAACACUGACUGGAGUCGUUACUUCAAUCGUCUUCCUUAAUAUUUACAACUCGAUGAAAGACCUGUACCCUUCCGUCUGUUUUGGUCUGUCAUCUGUCAUCAGUUGCCUGGGUAUCAUUCCCAUAACGUUUCAGACGCCAGUGUGACAGUCCUGUCAGAUGAGGAACCAUGGCUGCAAGGCCUUUGGAUUCAAAUGACGGACACUCCACUUUACAAAGCGGGGGAGUCCGACUCUCAGUCAUCGACAUGAUCCUGGAACCACAGAGCUACAGCAACAAACAGAUCUUUGAGCUGAUGUACGUUGUCCAUAAUCAGCCUUAUUCUCUUCUGAGCAGGGAUGCCUGCGUAGCCGUAGGCCUCCUCCAGAUGGCAGAAGAUGUCAAGAUGACCACUGUCAUGAGCCAAUCAGAACAGCACGAUGCUGAGUCUUCAAACACGAAAGAGUACUCACUCUGAUCUCACCUGCAAUCUCUCUUUUUGGGGAGCGAGUUUGUUCAUCAUCAUUCCAGGUCCUGGAAGGUCAGACCAACCUAUCACACACAAGAUUCCCAUAGCACUUCCAAUCAGCAGUCUGCGAAACCUCUACCUCCAACUACGAUGAUGGUACAGUUGGUAAGCACACCAAUUACUUCCAGCCAGCCUGCCAGAACCACAAGGGGUGCUGGAACCUCGUAGCAGUCUCACACCAUCAGAAACAGAGGUGAGCAUGCUAUUCAAUCUUCUUCUUGCCACAGGAACGUCCUUUCUGAGCCUCAGAGAGCUUCCUGAUGGCCCAAACAGAGGAGGAAGAAGAAAAGAUACCACCAAGCAGACGAAUACCAUUUUUGUCCACCCCGCAAGAAAGAAUCAAGAGGAACAACAUCCAUGCACCACCAAACCAACCAGAAUAAACGGGCAUGGCUUAACAUCAAACAAUGGAAGAAAGAAUGAAAACACGGGUCCAACCUCCAAGCCAACAACAAGAACCAGAACCACCAGAGCCUGUCACUUUCCCAACAGAACAAGAAAUGAGAUGUGGGAGGGUUAUAAAGCCUCCUGGCCACCCAAAACUCUAACUCCAAGGACUUUCAGGGGGGAGAUGUGAUUACUGUAAUUGCUAUAAUGUUAGAUUAGCAUUAAGGUUUUAACAAUAAGGUAAAUGCACAAGACUUAUAACAAUGUAAGACUUGAAGUAAACUGAAGUAACUCUAUAUCCAUGGGAUAAGGACUUGACAGGGGUGUUGUAAUAGGGUUUGAUACAUAUAGGGUUGUGGUAGGACUGAGUAGAGUACCGUUCACAGAGUGAUGUCAGAAGGCAGAUGACCCAGAGCCAGGGUCAGUCCAGAGAUGGAGAGAGAUGUGCAAAGACCUAGGAUGGAGUCAGCUCCAUUGCUGUACCCUCUGCCAUAUAUACGUACAUAGUUAGGGGUUGUGAAGAAGAACUUGACAUAAAUAUACUCAAGACUACAAAACCUACUUCAUGGUGUCCGAAGCAGGAUUCUUCACACAGAUGUACGGUUGAACGUGGAAAUCGAGAUCUUGCAGUACAGUGUGCCCUAUACUUCCACAAGCUUCGCUAUAUCAGAACCUUGUGAUGGACUCAGCCCUGAAAUCUGUGUGAGGGCUUAAAAUUGCAUAACAUACUGACUAGUUCCCACUAAACACACCAGAAAAGGUUAGGGCUGGUGCAUUCAAGUGUUCAGUGAAUUUUUAAUGGUGUGAUAAGUUGCAAUUACUGUCAAUCUCCCUGCAAUUAAGUUUCUAAUUUUACUACAAGCUUUCAGAAUUUAACAUUUUUAAAUUUAACUAACUUUUCCUUUGUCCUUUUUUUACAGUCUGGAUGUGAUUUUACAAUGAAUUGAACAUUCUAAAAUACACUUCCUGGUUUAGUUUUUUGCAUGAGUGGGGCAAUAAAGUGUCAAGAUGAUCAACGAGCGCCACUUCUUCCCUAAUGACACCAAAAUCCAAGCCAAUUAUCUUCCGACUUCUCGUUGCAUUUGACAUGAUUGCAUUCACACCAUUUCCCUUCACUGUGGUGCAGCUCAGUGAGAUUGCCCAUAACUGAUUCUACUACCUGUAUCAACGCUACUUGCACUGCUCCAGUCCUCACUCACCUCCACAGACCCUCCCCCCCCACUGCCAACCCCCCAAAGAUCCAACCCUUAAUGCUCCUCAGUAACAAAGUGUUGCAUGAAGAUUGUCUGACAGCUGAUGACAGUCUAUUGCCAUCAUGAUGAAGGCAUCAGAACUGCCCCCAACUGAACACUAGGAAGAUCAAAACCAUUCUACUAGGCUCCCACAGGUGAGGUCCGAUCCGAUCCAGCAUCAACAUUACUUUCACUCCUGCAGCGAUGUUGUCUGCCACACUUUUCCCCACUGCUGCCUAGCUCAGCCGCACCUUCAGCAUUUCUACACUUUACUUCCUCCCCACCCCCCUUUGCCUGUCACCUACGAUAAACAUCAUCCAAAACUCCAUGACAGAGUCUUCUUUAACCCAGUCUUCGGCAUUAUAGAAAUGGUGAUGUCACUGGAUGAAAACUGCCCUCUGAAGUAGUCUAAACUAGGAAUGAGCAAUAAAUUUGCGUACCUUGAGAAUUAUUUAAAAAGAAUCCCCUCUGUCUCUUUUCCUUCCUCCCCACUUUCAAAAAUGCACCUUUGACCAGGCUUUUGGUUCAUUGCCCUAACCCCACCCUGAAAGCUCAGCACUCUCUUUUCAUCUAAAGAACAUUCCACACGAAAGAAAAGGUGUUUCAGGAUUUACAUAAUUGUCUGCUUGAAGUCACACCUCCCAGCUUUGGUUCACUCAUGAGGUCCUAAUCCACUCCUGAUUCAAAGUCUGUUAAUUUUCAUAUUAAAACACAUUUGGAAACUACUUCAUGUUAACUAAAAGUGAAACUAUUAUGGCACUAAAAGUACAACUGUCUAUGCAGAUGCAUGGAAAUCCUACCACCCUCAACGUCUUCUUGGAGUCUGCUACGUUAAUAACAAGGCCCAGUUCUAACUUUCUUUUCAAGUGAAUAAUCAUUCACAAAUUACAAUCAUUUCACAGAGUUGCUUGUGUAUGGCUUUAGAAAGGACGUGGGAGUUUUUACAUAAGUGGUUAAUGUGUCAAUUUGGCCAAUACUUUAAUCUCAAUAAAGUAAAGGAACAUGGAAACAGGAAUACUUCAGAGGUAUUGGUAGCAUAGUGGUUACUAUGGUUAAUGAUCUGGAGAAGAGUUCAAAUCCCACGAGAGCAGCUGGGGAAUUUAAAUUCAAUUAAUUAAAUCAAGCUGGAAUAAGAAGCUAUCUGCUGUGAUAAGCAUGAAACAACUGAAUUGUUGUUAAAACCAAAGUGCUUCAAUAAUGUCCUUUAGGGAUGUGUUAUGGCACAGUGGAUGGUAAAUGCUGAGCUGCUCAAAUCCCAGAGGGGAACUUGAAACAGCUACCACAACUUUGCAAUUUACAUUUAUUUUGAGAUGCGUGCCUUGAAUAGGAAUGAGUCCACCGAGUCUUAGGCAAUUUUUACAAAACUACAUUAAACAUUUAUGACUAGAAGAAAAGAUUUUAAGCACAUAUAGGUCUACAAGUUACUACUAUAAUAAUUCCUAAAUCCCCUAAUUAAUCCAGCUCCCAGUUACACCUCCAUUAAGGCAACAGUAAAACAACAUAAAUUUCAACAGACCCAGGCAAAGCACACAGUACCAUGGAUUGGGAUAUUCACAAUGAGUUUUCUUAGCUUCGGUUCCUGUAGACAGCAACUUGAUGCUUGGAGGCUCGAGGCUUUUCGUCCUUGUUAGAUUUAGCGCACCUUCUCCUUACACGUAACUUCAUCUCCUUUAUACAGAUUUCACCCUUUUUAAUGUAAAUUCCAUUGUCCCAAUAUGUCUUUGCAACUUUACUUUUUUCAUAAUAUAAAUCUUCCAUUGUACUCAUAUUAUCAGUGAUCUUUGGGAAAAAUAAACACAUUGUUUGGCUUAGCCUCUGUUGGCUAGGUGUAACACCUUACCGUCUCUUUGAAAUUCAUGGCUCUGGUUUAUCCAAACAUGCAAAUGUUGCUCAUACCUCACAUUCUAAAACUUCAGCCAUAUUUACAUAUUUGGCAUUUCAAACCCAGCUUCUCUUCUGAUAACUCAAAGGCUCCAGACUAGCUGUCUGCAAUUCAAAUAAAACCCACACACACACACACAACCUCACACAGAGAAACUGAUCCAAAAUCCACUAUUAACCUACCUUUACAAUAAAUCAUGAUAAUAUUAUGAAAGUUAUUAUAUUUUCAUGACAGGAAGGAAAUCUGCAUGAAAUCUCCAUGUAACCCCCUCCUUACUGGAAAACGAACCAUCAUAAUUUAAGAAGGCAGCUUUAUUUUCUUAGCCCAUUUAUAUUACCUCAUAUAGUUAUCUAUAUACCCACACUAUUACAUUAUCAGAUGCAUGCAUUAACAUAACAAUAUAUGUAUACACUAAUCCCUGACAUCAACAGAAAUCUUUCCAGUCCAGUGUCCAGGUUUUUAAAUGUCCAAUUUUGCCUUUCAACUGCAAACUCUCAACAAUGCAUCUGCAAUCAUAUUUUCUUGUCCAGCCACAUGCAUAAUCUGUAAAUUAAAUGGUUGCAGUAAUAAACUCCAUCUGAAUAACCUUGCACUUCUGUCUUGAAAUUUGUCCAG